AGCAGUAACGGCCUCUUCUCGGGCAUGGCGUCAGUUAUCGCCAUGGUUACCGGGCUGCGCGCGCGGUCUGCAGGCUGAUGACGUCAUGCUGUACAUAUAGUAACUCCUAUGUGAGGAUAUAAUGGGAGUUGUAGUCCUUUUUAAGCAGACACCCAGCCUCCACAUAUCAGUAUUGCAAUAAGGAAUAUUUUGGAGUUUUGCUCUACCCUUCAGUUUCUGUGCAUUAGAAGAAGAGGACGAUCUCUACUGGUGGAAAGUUGUGGCACUGACUCAUCUACAAGUCACUCUACAAGUCACUUGACUGUAGGACUUUACUUGUAGCAUCAAAUACAUAUUUUUUUCCCCCUCAGCAAAAACCACCUGAUAUAACUGGGUCCAAAAUUUUCCAAGAGGAAGUAACAAAUCUUAUGUUACUAAAACGGUGGUUUCUAAAGAUCUUACAUGAAAAUGCAACUGCACAUUCACAAAACAUACAAGAUACUGGAAAAUCCUGAAAUACACCAGACGGAGCUCCCAGCGUCUCUGUGACACUAUAGCUGCAGAGCAGUGUUGGACUGGUAAUCCUUGGGCCCACCAGUGAAAAACAAAAAGUUAUACAUUUUGAUGUGCCCUCUUUUUGGUGGAUUUAGGCUACACCACGCCCCUCUGAGACAUACACCUAAGUGUGGUUGUAGUGUCCUAAUGCAAGAGUGUAUUAAUGCAGUAAUAUAACCAACUGUUACUUACCUCGCCCUUCGAUCCUACUCUGGUCUAUUUUGCCUCCGAUGUUACUCUAGCAGCGGACAUUGCAUGACCGCUGCAGCCAAUCAUUGACCUCAACGCUCACACUUCGUACACUGUACCAAGGGGGAUGGAGUCUACCUGCUAAAGCACCGAAAGAAGGGGACCAGCGUGGGAAGAAAUAUAAUAAGUUGUCAAUGAAGAAGUCCACUGGAAAAGCUCCAGCUUUAGAGCGGCUUCAAAAUUACAGUAACGCUCUGUUCACAUCAAGAUUCCACCCGGCCCGCCUGAUUCUACCCGAUCCCCCCGCAACAGCUCAGCUUAAUUAAGAUAUGAACAUGGAAUUUAACCCCUCGGAUCAUCCACGUGCAAGCACAAUAUUCCUCAGCAAAUCCCAGACAGAUGUGAGAGAAAAACGAAAGAGCCUUUACAUAAACCAUCAACCACCAGGACAGAUGAGGAGAAAGUACAGUUCUUGCUCUACGAUUUUCCUUGAUGACAGCACAGUCAGCCAACCUAACCUCAAGUAUACCAUUAAGUGUGUAGCACUGGCAAUAUAUUACCACAUAAAAAACAGAGAUGGAGAUGGAAGAUUGCUUAUGGACAUUUUUGAUGAAAAGCUUCACCCUCUUUCUAAAUCAGAAGUACCAUCUGAUUAUGAGAAGCACGAUCCAGAACAGAAACACAUAUACCGGUUUGUUCGGACGCUCUUCAGUGCUGCCCAGCUGACAGCUGAAUGUGCCAUAGUUACUUUGGUUUACCUAGAAAGACUGUUAACCUACGCGGAAAUAGACAUUUGUCCAGCAAACUGGAAAAGGAUUGUACUAGGAGCCAUAUUACUGGCCUCCAAGGUUUGGGAUGACCAGGCGGUGUGGAAUGUGGACUAUUGUCAGAUCCUGAAAGAUAUCACUGUAGAAGACAUGAAUGAGCUGGAGCGGCAAUUUCUAGAGUUGCUGCAGUUCAAUAUUAACGUUCCGUCCAGUGUCUAUGCCAAGUAUUAUUUUGACCUGCGCUCACUGGCAGAAGGUAACAACCUUAGCUUUCCUCCGGAACCCCUCAGCCGGGACCGUGCUUGUAAACUUGAGGCUAUUUCCCGCUUGUGUGAGGAUAAGUACAAGGACUUCCGAAAAAUGGCCAAGAGACGUUCUGCAAGUACUGAUAACCUAACUGUCGUACGAUGGUCUCCCGCCAUUUUAUCCUAACAGUGGCUUCAACCCAGACUCCACUGUCUCAUGUACUGUUUUGUCUGAAUAUUGUUGUUUUUUGUCUUGGGAAAUAAGACAUUGUAUUCCUUUUUUUUUACUCUGAAGAGUCAACAAGCCUCCCUUACAGUGCCUCCCUGUCACAAAGAUGGGACACAUCCGUCACUUUCCGGAGACAUUCAAGCCAUUUCAUUGCUUCAACCUUCUCUCAAGUAUUUAGACUAUGGUUCUUAAAUUGUUAAAAAUAAAUGAAGAAAAUUGAUUUUAAAAGACCCCACAAAUAACUGGAACAAAAAAAUUGGUUGAAGAAAACAUAUGCUGAAAAAAGCCAUAAAAUGGCAAAAUUAUGAUUUUUUUUCUUUGUACUGGGAGAAUCCAUUUUUUUUACCUAACUAUAUAAUAUACGGUUCACGAUCUCCACGUUCUUUUCACAUGUGGUAAUUCAAAAACAACAGCUAUGGCCGGGUGUACAGAGUGGUGGUUAAGGUAUUUUAAAGAAAUUGUGAUGGCAUGUAUAUAUAUAUA